AUGAGCGCCACGCUCCCAAACUUGAGACCAAGCGGUCAGCGUCUCGGCCGCUGCCGACUCCUUGUUCGCCGACCUAGCCCGACGUCACGGCAUGGCACGCAGCAGCAGCAGCGGCAGCCGGUCAUGCAGCCGCCGUCAUGGACUAAGCGGCUUCUCUCGUCUUCAAAACCCUUGAAUGCGAAGCGAGUCAAGCCUGACGUCGAGAGGCUGCGCCGUCAGCCCGCCAAGACGAUUCCAGACUAUCUGACGCCCAUGCCCUCGCACCUCCUGACGACGCUGCUCUCCGAUUUGUUACCUUAUGGCGGUGAUGGUGGUGGUGCAGACGACACGUUACAAGGUGCCGCCGCCGACCCGGCCUUGUUUCGGGGACCUCUUUCUUCUCCUCCUCCUCCUUCUACCCCUGGGGAAGAAUCGUCGUCGCCAACGGUCCAAUCGCCGCCGCGGCCGCUGCCCCAGGGCCACCACCUGGUCUACUUUCCCAUCCAGACCGCCCCCUCACAGCUCGCGCCCGACGGCGCGGAUAUGGACCACUCGCCGGGCGCGCAUUACUCGCGUCGCCUGUGGGCGGGCGGCGAGGUAACGUUUCGUAAUAAUGAUACAGACGAGGAGAUGUCGUCGCGCCCAGGCCAUGGCGGCCUCGUUCUCAACAGCCAGCCGUGGACGUGUACGGAAACGAUUGGCGACGUGAGGGUCAAGGAUCCGGGCCAUGCGUCGUCGUCGUCGUCGACGACGACGACCACGCGAGGAGGUGAAAAGGUCUUUGUCGACGUAUGGCGUAGGUAUGCGCUGGGCCAUCCCGCCAACCAGGAGACGAAUCUGCCCUGGUCGAUAGAGGAGCGCCGGACGCUCGUCUUUAUGAAUCCAGGCGACGACGCUGAAGCCCAGGCCAGCAUGACUCCAAAACUUACCCCUCGCCGAGAAGAAGACCAAAAAGUUCAGGCUGACCAGCAAUCUCCCGACUACCUAGACCCUCACGAAGCAGCACAUGGCGUCCGAAUCCUGCCUUCUCCGCGCCACCUAUUUCACUUUUCUGCGCUGACGUUCAACGCCCAUGCCAUCCAUCUAGACCCAGAGUAUGCACGUUCCGUCGACGGCCACCGGGCGCCUCUUGUUCAUGGGCCGCUCACGCUGGCGCUCAUGCUGCGCGUGCUGACGGGCUUCUCUGGCCAGCUGGUCUCGCGCUUCGUCUAUCGUAAUCAUGCACCGCUCUACGUCAAUGAGCCAUUGACGGUCAAGGUAAGGCCUGUACUGUCACGGACUGACCCUCCCAGCGACGGCCAAGUAAAGUGGGAUGCGUGGGUGGAAGGCCCAGAUGGAGGCCUGGCUGCAAAGGGAACAGCAACCAUGGCUAUUUUGAGUUGA